GUCUAACCCUGCUGAAGGUUUUCAGACUGUGAGCUACAGAACUUUAAGUGGUGCUCUUGAUUUAACUGUAUAUGGUAUGCAAUGGAAAAGCCUUAUGAUAAAUGGAGCCAACCCGGUUGGAGAAUAGAGCAAAAGUAUGGCAACAAAGUACUCAUUGGUAAUUGGGUGGAGCAGAAAUUACACUUCACACGUGAACGCAAGACAGCAAACAGUACCCACAGGCUGGACUUCACGCCUAACUUGAUGCACAGGCCUGAUGUUGUUGUGAGGAGAAAGGCUUUUCGCAGAUCAGAGGGUAUUCCCACAGGGCUUCUGCUCUCUCAUCAUGGUGUCCCCGCCUCCGACUACCUGGUGUCACUCUAUGAUGAGUCGUAUGGACAAAAGACCUCCUCCACUCUGCCCACACUGCGCUCUUGGCACUCUGACAAACUGGCCUGGGUCCCAGAGAGGUCAGAUCACCCCAUCCGAGGCCCUCCUACAAACUUUGGUCUGGUAAAAACAACUUGGCGAGCUCAGAAUGAAGACCAGCGGGCAGUUGUUCCCACGCUGAGCGUGUAUAAGGCUUCAUACCCUUUGCACCCCACCAGUGCCUUCUGUCACUCUCGCCACAUCGUUGCACCCAAGCGCUUCUCCAGCAGUCAGCUCCCUGCCAACCAUAGCAAUGAGAACCUGGCACAGAGUCUCAGACCCCGCAGGCAGAUCUCCAGUAAUCUAGCCAGCCCACUGUGACCCUCGCACAUUGUCUCGCCACCUUCAGUAGUACCCCACAAAACACCUUUAACCAGGGAGGAAGCUUUUAACCACAUUGAGUCUUUUUAUAACUUAAAGGUAAUCUGACAAAAUCAGAGGAACAGGAUAAAUCUACAGCAUAGAGC